AUGCGGGCUACGAGUUGUGUUACUGCAAUCGACAUCUCCGUCGAUCCUUUCACCGGCCGGAACCCCUCGUAUUGCUUCGUUGAAUUCGACACAAAGGACAAGGCGGAUCAUGCUAUGGACGAGUUGAAUGGACGCGAUUUUCAGGGAAGACCGCUUAAGGUGAAGCCGUGCGUCCCGAAGGAGCAGCGGAGAGACAAUGGCGAGAGGUCUGGGUAUGUGUUUGACCGUUGGCAGAGAAGUGAUGCGGCCCGGCAUUUCAGGGGUUACGCUGCGAGAGGAUGCCGCUUGGUUGUCAGUGGCCUGCCCAAGCCAUCGACCCAGGCCUACAUGAACGAGAAACUGGCCGAGUUCUUUGUUGGGUUUGGGGUGGAGGCGAUCAGCAAGACCAUUUGUCCCCAUUACCAAGGAAGAGCCGCGUCAAAUGCUCCUCACUACGCUUACGUCGACUUUGCUACCGCUUCCCAGGCCCAAGCAGCAACUGAUGCUCUCAAUGGGAUGAUCGGACCGUGGGGAACUAUCUUGACCUUGACCAAAGCGGGUUCGGAUUGGAACGGUUCUUGA